AAGAGAUAACUGCGAUGUGGAGUGGCGCAGGGCUCCCGCCUCGCUGACAGAGAGGAAACGAGCGAAUCGCCCGCGUGACUCUCUCACUCAUUGACCGCGCGGUUCAUAGCAAUUUUCAUUAUCCCUACCGGAUAGUGAGCAGUGAGGACCACUGCUAGGCUAUCUCCAUUGAAGGAACCGGGACAGAGGGAGAGAGCGAGAGAGAGGGGGGGGCGAGACGGUAUUUGGAGCUCUCUCCAGCCUGCGCUCCCUCACAACCGCAGCAAGAUGCUGAGCGCCGCUCUUUGCAAACCGGCUGCUUUUUCUCCCGUCUCCAGGGGCUGACUCCCGGUGAAGAGAACUCUAAAUGGGCGUUUUUACCGUCUCUGUUGAUUCUCACGGAUCCACGGUUGGAUAUUUUCGAAAUGAAACGAAUGAAAGAUGUGAGCAUCGAGAAGUGUUCUUGUUGUAGUGUGGUAUCUGCAGUCUCCUCCCCCAUAACAGUCAAGUCCACUGAACGCAGUGGUACAGUGAUUUUGAGGUAUUUAUUUUCAUGAUAAAUACGAAAAAGGAUUCAUAUUUUGACAUUAGGGACUUUCCAACUUUUCCCGGUGUUUUUUGGUCUGUUUUGCGGUCUCUGUCAGUGAAACAAAGAUCUCAGGACAUCAUCAACUCUGUGGAAAACGGCGACUUGAGAUCUUCCCCCGGUCUGAACAGUUUAGCGCUGUUCUCCCCGUCUCUAUCCCUCUUCAAGCAUCUCCUCUGGUUACGCUGGAAGUCGCCACCCAUGUGGCCCUCGAGAGUGGGGAGCAGGCAGCCCUGUCCCCGGGAAUCGGCACUCCGCAGGGCGGCCAUCAGUGGCAACGUCCUCGCCCUGCCGCCUCACCACGUCCCCACGGGCAGGAGUGUCCGGGUCUUCAUCUGCGCCAACCCUGACGACACAGAAGCGGAGAGGAACGCACUGAAAGAGCAUGUCUACCCCAAACUACGGGACUUCUGCAGAGAGAAUUAUGGGAUUGAGUUCCAGGUGGUGGACCUGUACUGGGGGAUGGACCCAGAGGAGUGGGACAGUCCAGACCUGCAGCGUCUCAGGAUGAAGUUACUAGAGGACUGUCUCCAGACGUCCGCCGGCCCAUGUUUUGUUGCGCUGGUGGGAGAGAAGUAUGGCAGUAUCCGCGUGCCGGGGGAGGUGGAAGCUCCAGAGUUUGAGAUGAUCCUGGACGCUGCGGUGGAGGCGGGCCUAGACACACACAUCCUGGAGGAGUGGUACUGUCGAGAUGAGAACUCCGUGCCGCCGGCCUACUACCUCAAACCCAAAGCCCAGAUGUUGAAGAACUACCAAAACUCAAUGGAGUCGAGCAGUGCAGCCAAGCUGAAGAACGACAAGGCGUGGAGGAACGUGUCUGGGGAGAUCAAGGGGAUCUUCCGUAGGUCUGUCCUGCAGCUCCAGGAGAAGGGCACCAUGAAGCCACCUCAGGCCAAGAAAUUCCUCUGCUCUGCCUUGGAGGAUGAACUGGACUUCGCCUUGGGCAAACAAACGCCGGCCUUCCUCAAGAAGUGUGUCUGCUACAUCCGCAAGAUCUCCAACUUCGACCGGCAUGCCAAACUCCCGGAGAUGGCCAAGUACAUGGACAUCGUCGUCGCCGAGGACCGCGUCAUGCGUAACCAGGAAGCCUACGAACGUCUUUUAAAAGUGCGAGACGAGUUUAUCCCCACUGUGGUGGCCUCGUCCAACCUCCGCGUCUACUCCUCUGUGACUCACUGCGACAUGAAACUAGGCUACUCCCAGGAAGUGGAGAGCCACUACGUGGAAGGCUUGUGUAAACAGUUCUACGAGGAUAUGGUGGACAUCAUCCAGGCCACGGUCCAGCAGAACUUUGACACAGAGACCGACCCCCUGUACGACGAGAUCCUUCAGCACCUCUCCCUGUGUAAGAACUUCUCGGCCUUCUACGAUUAUAAGAGCGAGACGCUGGACCUGGUGCAGGAGUAUCUGCUGCCGUCUAAAGGGAGUAGGAUGAGCCCCCUGGUGGUCUACGGCGGGCCCUGCACGGGGAAGACACUGCUGCUGGCCGAGGUGGCAAAACAGGCCUACACGUGGCUCCAGACGGAGAUGGGCCCCGAGACAGACCCGGUGGUCAUCGUCCGCUUCGUGGGCUCCUCAGAGUUUGCCACAAACCUGCGUACCCUCCUCCAGAGCAUCUGCGAGCAGAUAGCCAUCAACUACCGCUGCCUCAUCCACUUCCUGCCCAACAAGAUCCAGGAGAUGACGGAGCUGCUAGUCAACCUCCUUGGGGAGUCCUCCUUCCAACGGCCCCUGGUCAUCAUCCUGGAUGCGCUGGAGCAGCUCUCAGAGGCCGACGAGGCCCGCAAGCUGUGGUGGCUUCCCGCCCACCUGCCUCGCACUGUCCGCAUCGUUGUCUCAACAUUACCCAACAAGCACGGAAUCCUCCAAAAGCUCCGCGGUUUGAUCCAUGACGAAGGACGCUACGUGGAGCUGGUGCAGCGUGACCGCAAGACCUGUAGUCAAACACUGAAGCAGCAGCUGCUGGGGUUGAAGAGGAAGGUGACCUCGGGACAGCAGAUCUAUGUCAAUGAAGCGCUGGCCAAGUGCACGCUACCCAUGUUCGUCAACCUCGUCUACCGGGAGGUGGUACACUGGCGCUCGCACAAGGACGUGGACGACCGUUCGCUGUGCUCCACCGUGCACGAGAGCAUUGAGCAGCUCUUCUACUCGGUGGAGAACAAGCUGGGGCAGCGGUUCGUGUUCAGGGCGCUGGGAUACAUUACCAUGGCCAAGGCGGGCUUAACGGAGGUAGAGCUGGAGGAUAUUUUGUCACUGGAUAACAGUGUGCUGGGAGAUAUCAUGGUCAGUUCAAAUCUAAAAAACCCGCUGAGGAUCUCCUAUGACCUGGUGGCGAGGUUGAAAGAGGAACUAGAGGGGUACCUGGUGGAGAGGCAGGUGAGAAACGUUACCCUGAUGGUGUGGGCCAAUAGACAUCUGCACCUCAUCGCCCAGAAGCUGUAUCUUAGCAAUGAGGAGGACGUGCACCAGAUGCACAGCCUCCUGGCCGAGUACUUCCUGGGGGCGUGGUCGGGCGGCAGAAAAAAGAUCUUCCACUGCGACAACAACCACUUUGCCUCGCUCAACAUCUCCCAACACAAGAACCCCCACCCCCAGCAGCCAUCCCACAAAGAAGCAUCCGCCGAGAAGUACUCCUAUGACAGGCAGACCCCUGAGCAGCCCUGGGUGUUCCAGUGCAACCUCCUCGAGCCUGACAUCUUCUUCGUCAACCACAGGAAGAUGACAGAGCUCCUCUACCACCUGACUCGGAGUGGCCGCACAGACGACCUCAUGUACGGGGUCAUCAUGAACUUCAGUUGGCUUUACACCAUGAUCAAGAUAGGGCAGUUUGAGAAGGCGCUGACCGACAUCGACGUAGCUUACAGCUACUCCCAGGAGAAAGAGCUCAAGUUCUUGGCCGCCACGCUGCGCAGCAUCAAGGUCAAAGUGAUGAAAAACCCGGCGUCCCUGUCUGCAGAGCUGCAGCAGAGGCUCCUCCCCGUGGUAACCUCCCUACCAAAGCUUCGACACCUCCUCCUGGAGUGCGACAAGGACGGCCCCAAGUACUGCUCCAUCGUGCCCCUCCACUCCUCCAUGGACGUCACCUACAGCCCCGAAAGGCUGCCGCUGUGCUCCAGCUACAUGCAGAUAGUGGAGAUCCUGCCCACCCUAGCCCCCAACAUUGUCCUCGUGGCCCUGGACGACGGGUCCGUCAGCACAUGGGACGUGGAGAGCAGGCAGCUCCUCCGGCAGAUAGACACGGCCCGCUCGGUUGUCUUGGGGAUCAGACUAACAAGCGAUGAGAAGUACCUGGUCGUGGCAACCACCAAGAAUACGCUGCUCAUUUAUGACAACCAUAAGUCCUGCCUGCUAUCCGAAGUAGACAUCAAGGGCUCCAAGCACUGUGGUAUCACGGGAGGGGUGGCUUUCAUCAACGGAUUCACACUGGCCAGCCAUCAUGCCUUGGCCUGGCUAGAGGCCAGUAAAGACGUUAAUGUGAUCGAUCUGCUCUACGGCUGGCCCCUCUACCAGUUCCACUGCUGGUACGAGGUCACCUGCGUCCAAUGCUCCCCGGAUGGAAUGUAUGCCUUCUGUGGUCAGUAUCUCAACACCACGUCCAUCUUCCAUCUGGGCACCGGGGACAAACUAGCCACGGUCACGUCCGAGUUUUCCGGGGGAUUUGUCAAGUCCAUCUUAGUCCUGGACACCAUUCACCAGAUGGUGAUGAUCGAUAAUGAGGGGAGCCUGUCGGUGUGGAACACCAAAGAGAUCACCAACCCCAGACUGAUGGAAGAUUACGACUGCCGGGGGGACGAGAGCGAGGUGGUGGGCAUUGAGCUGUCAGAGGACCAGCGCUCCAUCCUCAUCUGCAAAGACAAGAGCAUCGAGGUCCUGGACACCAAGUUGUGGAAGAUGGCAGAGAAGUUCAAGGCCAAGCGCGCUGAGCGUUUCGUGGCAGCAGUCCUCUCCAAAAAUGGCCAAAGUAUCGUGGCCUCCAUGGAGAACACGUCGUCCAUAUUUGUGUGGAGGAGGGACAGCGGGCAGUGCAUGGCCAGUCUGAUUGAGAUCUCUGGGGCCAUCAUUAAACUCAUCAAGUCCACCCACCACAACCUGCUCUUGUCUGUUGCCAGCAGUGGAGUGCUAUCUGUCUGGGACAUUGACAUCAUCACCGCCAUGUCCAACAUCGACAAAACAGGUAAGAGGAUCCAGAGUUUACAGCUUUCUGGAAGGGAAGACUUUGUGUUCACCAUGGAUGGCUCCGAAGCCAUCCACAAGUGGAACUUCAGCACGGGCUUCAUCGAGACUGUCUUCAAGCACGAGGGCUUGGUGGAGAACUGUGUCCUGACCUCCUCCGGGGAUCUCAUGGUGACGUCGGAUGACAAGUGCAGCCAGUACAUCUGGCACACGGCCACUGGCGAAAACAUUUUCCGCAUCAACGGACAGAAGAUAUCCCAGCUCCUGAUGACCCACAACGACCAGUUUGUGGUGUCCCUCUGCGAACAAAACUGCUCCCGAGUCUGGAGGCUGGCCACCGGACACAAAGUGUGCAACAUACUGGUGACCCUCCAGAACGCACUGAUCACCACCGCAAACACCUUCCUAGUGGGAACUACUAAAAACAAGCUGCUCGCUGUCAGCCUCUGGUCAGGCAGUAUUUCUAAGAAGUUUGUCUGUGACGACGGCAUUAGCAUUGUCAACUUCAAGCUUAUUCCCGACUGCCCUGACUUCGUGGUCUUCAUUACAUCGACAGAGACUGUGUUUAUAUGGAGUGUGGCGGACGAGUCAGUCUGCAGACGCGUCCAGCUGCCUACUAACUUCCUCAAAAACCUGGAAGACUUCCAGAUUUCACCAAAUGGGAAACUGGGUAUUGUCUCCAAGGGCGACGAGAACAUUAACGUGUUGGACCUUCACAGCGGAAAGCUGAGGCUUGUUCACGCCGCCGGUAUCAUCUGGCGGCAGAAGCUGUCCAGGGACGGGCGCUACCUGGUCUACAUCUGCUUCCGGAACUGCGAUGAAGAUGACGAAGCGGGUGUGGUGUCCAACCUGAUCGUGAUGCGUCUGGCAGAUGGAAAGAGCAUCGGAACAUGCUCCCUCUACAAGACGCCCACAUUCCUCUGCCUGUCCCAGCGGGCACUCAACAUCAUCAUCGGCUUCGAGGACGGCAGCAUCAGCACAUACACGGUGGUGGACCGCGUGGACGCCGCACUCAAGAUCAAGAUUGCCACGUCCAACAGCCGGCAGAUCGUCAACAACGCCUCGCAGAAGGUAAGGCCCAAGUGUGGCAACCACACCUUCAAGACCAUCGCCGACUGCGUGUGGAGGGAGUCCACUGAGGUCUUCUCCAGGGAUAGCCCCAUCAAUGUCUCUGACUCAGGGGAGCCAGAGACCACCACUCCCACCAAAAAGAGUGAACUGUUGCAAUGAAGUGGGUGGGGGGGGGGGGGUUACAGUUUUGACCGUUGUUUACAGCCACCUGAUUCAGCUGCAGAUGUCCUCUGUGUAGUUUACUAUAUGCUGGCUGCUACUAUAACGCUGCACUCAAGUCAUGUAUUACUACAACCUAUAUGGUGUUAGAUUAUUCAUUUUCUUCACACGAUGACUGUUAGAAUCCAAGUAGUUUUUUAUGGUUCUAAUUUUCUUUUAUAUAUGUUAUGAAAUAUAUUUAAUGUAUUGGUUUGACAUCAUUUUUCCCUUUUGCAUUUGAAGAACAAUGUCGAUAUUUACAUUUCUCCGUUUUACAUUUCCAAAGUCAUUUCGGUUAGCUUUACCAAUUUUCUUUGUACGUGUGUUACUUUCUUUGCAUUGUGCAUAUUAAGCCAUAAUGUCGUUGCUAAGAAAUGUGUAUUUAUUUAUGUUUAAUUAAAUCAUACGUACUGAACAUUAAACUAUAUACACCACCGUUCAAAAGUUUGGGGUCGCUUCGAAAUGUCCUUGUUUUUGAAAGAAAAGCGCAUUUUCUGUCCAUUAAAAUCACAUGAAAUUGAUCAGCAAUACAGUGUAGACAUUGUUAAUGUUGUAAAUGACUAUUGUAGCUGGAAACAGCUGAUUUUUAAUGGAAUAUCUACAUAGGCGUACAGAGGCCCAUUAUCAGCAACCAUCACUCCUGUGUUCCAAUGGCAUGUUGUGUUAGCUAAUCCAAGUUUAUCAUUUUAAAAGGCUAAUUGAUCAUUAGAAACCCAUUUUGUAAUUGUGUUAGCACAGCUGAAAACUGUUGUUCUGAUUAAAGAAGCAAUAAAACUUAUUUAGGCUAGUUGAAUAUCUGGAGCAUCAGCGUUUGUGGGUUCGAUUACAGGCUCAAAAUGGCGAGAAACAAAGGACUUCUAAUGAAACUCUGCAGUCUAUUCUUGUUCUGAGAAAUGAAGGCUAUUCCAUGCGAGAAAUUUCCAAGAAACUGAAGAUUUCGUAAAACUGGCUCUAACCAGAAUAGAAAAGAGGAGUGGGAGACCCCGGUGCACAACUGAGCAAGAGGACAAGUACAUUAGAGUGUCUAGUUUGAGAAACAGAUGAGUCACAAGUCCUCAACUGGCAGCUUCAUUAAAUAGUACCCGCAAAACACCAGUCUCAACGUCAACAGUGAAGAGGCAACUCCGGGAUGCUGGCCUUCCAGGCAGAGUUCCUCUGUCCAGUGUCUGUGUUCUUUUGACAAUUUUAAUAUUUUAUUUUUAUUGGCCAGUCUGAGAUAUGGCUUUUUCUGUGCAACUCUGCCUAGAAGGCCAGCAUCCCGGAGUCGCCUCUUCACUGUUGCUGAUAAUAGACCUCUGUACUGUAUGUAGAUAUUACAUAAAAAAAUCAGCCGUUUCCAGCUACAAUAGUCAUUUACAACAUUAACAAUAACUACACUUUAUUUCUGAUCAAUUUAAUGUUUUUUUAAAUGGACAAAAAAAAAAUGUUGCAUUUCUUUCAACAACACAAGGACAUUUCGAAGGUGACCCCAAACUUUUGAAUGGUAGUGUGUGUACAUAUCUCUUUUGGCUGCUGCAAUUCGUGCAACUCCUUAAAAUGUUAUGUUUGCUUAAUGCAAUCAAAGUGAGUGCCUGGUUUAUGAAAUGUCUUUUAUUUUCCUAUAGACUACUGAGAUUUGCAGGGAAUUCGUAGACACAGUAUAUACAGAUACAUAUACUAAUUUAGCAUACAUAAUCAAUUUGAUUUGAUUUAAAUGAUCAAAAAUAUAUAUAUAUAAUUUAGGAUUAAGGUACUUUAGUGUUGAGUUUGAGAUUAUAAAUACAUGUAUUAACAUAUUAACAACGCUGGUCCAACUUUACCUGCAGUUUCCGGUUCAUGAAUUUCUCAGUAUAGUGUAGCAUCUCACUGUACGUAUCCACGCCUUAAACAGUCUUCUGUUUUACAGCUUUUACCUUCAGUGAAAAAACAAUUGUCUUAACAUUUAGAGAGAGAGAGACAGAGAAAAGUGUUAUUAGGCCCAAUGUGGUGAAAGUAUUGAAACGUGUUAGAUUAUCAAGGUUUUGUGAGCGUCAGGUCGUUGUGAAGGAUAUUCCGGAACGAUGUUCCUAAAGAUACCCGUGAUAAUAUUUUUUGGGGGGGGGUUAUUUAUUAGUCGUAUUGAUAAUCGUUUGUCUUUGCUCUUUAAACAGGUGUUGCUGUUUUUGGCUUUGUUUAACAUAGUCACGAAGAUUCGGAGUUGAAAUGAAAGGAUAUCAUCAGGCGAUACUAGCGUUUUUGGUUUUCUAUAAACCUUUUAAGGGCUAUUCUGUCUAAUUGUACGUAUACUUAUUUUCAACAGUUGAAACGUUGGCCCACUUAAGAACGUAAGUAGCAGUAUUAAGCUUUAACAUAUUUAAUUAUUAUAUAUUUCAAAGCAAAACGAUCUAAAUCUAGAAAUAUCAUAGAGUGUAUUUGAGAAAGUUCAGAUCUUAGUUUGAUGUACUGUUCUGUUGACAAUGGUCCAUAUGUUUUAAGGCUUUUACUUACUUACAUCAUGACCAAAUUGUUUGAGUGUUUUACAGUGAUUAUGUUGACGUUUUCUCUAUCUUUGCUAAGACAUUGAGUCCACUUGAUAUAUUGGAAUGCCAGUUUAAAGAGUAUAUUUGAAUGUGUCCAUAUGGAAACCAGUAUAUGGUAUUAUUGUAUGUAACUUGAAUGACUUUUAAUAACAUACAUGUUUAAAACAAAUAGUACUGGAAAUGAAUGUUUCUACCUUAUUCUUUGUAUGGUCAGGACUGACCUGUUUAGAGAAAUGUAUAUUUUCAUAAAUGUUGUACCUACAUUUUGUUACAGAGUUGUUUAACUGGACUUAUUCUAACAGGGGGAGAGAGAAAAAAUUUACUUAUGUCUGAAGCAAUAUGAAAAGUGUGUAUGGAACAUUUUAAUGUAAUAAAUCGGUUCACUUUUUGCCUCCAGAA